AUGGCAGAAAACCCCACAAAAGCAACACAGUAUGACGAUGCUAUAAUUUAUGCAAAGAGGGCUAUGCAUAAUAGAAAGCAAUUAUUGGGGACACAUCCUAAUACUGCCCGUAGCAUUUUCUUUGUUGGGAACAUUUACUUAAACAUGAAAAAAUACGAUGUAGCAAGAACGCACAUGGUUGAGGCUCUUAACAUGGAGGAGUGCUUAGUAAAAUCUGGUAAAUCUUUAAGUGCAGAUUGGGUUAACUUGAAGACCUCACUUCCUAAUGUGUGUCUCGUUUUAGGGAGAAAUAGAGAGAGAAGCGAGUAUUUUCGAAGAUUUCAAGAAAUCGAAAAAAUGAAAGAUGAAAAUUUGCCACCAGUUGAAGAAAAAAAUAGCAGUGAUGAAAAAUUCUCAAAUUCGGAUGACGAAGAACAAUCAACUGAAUCAAUCGAAGGUAGUAAUUAUAGCGAACAAUCGAAAAACGCGAAAAGUUCUUCCGAGGUGCAAUUAGUAAACAAACAGCGUGAUGAAGAGUUACCUCAUGGCGAAGACAGCCUAAGGAAGGAAGUAGUGAAGUCUUUGCUACGGAACCCAUCUCAAUCCUCAACUGAAACAUCGGAUGAAGAAAUCAUAUUUGAAGAUGAACACGAAGAACCUUUACUGCCAAGUUGCAGUGGUCUUCGGCAACUAACGUUUUGGCCCAACAAGCGAAAGAAAACUGUAUUGCCAUCUCAAAAAAUACAAUUAAUAUCUUUAAACAUAGAAGCUAUUUAUCAAGAUUCCGUUGCUCAGCCCAUUGUUUGCCUAUUGAAGCUAACCGAGAAAAAACGGAAAGAGAUCAAAAGGUAUGACGAUGCUAUAUUUUAUGCAGAGAGGGCUAUGCAUAAUAGAAAGCAAUUAUUGGGGACACAUCCUAAUACUGCCCGUAGCAUUUUCUUUGUUGGGAACAUUUACUUCAACAUGAAAAAAUACGAUGUAGCAAGAACGCACAUGGUCGAGGCUCUUAACAUGGAGGAGUGCUUAGUAAAAUCUGGUAAAUCUUUAAGUGCAGAUUGGGUUAACUUGAAGACCUUACUUCCUAAAGUGUGUCUCGUUUUGGGCAGAAAUAGAGAGAGGAACGAUUAUUUUCGAAGAUUUCAAGAAAUCGAAAAAAUGAAGGAUGAAAAUCUGCCACCAGAUGAAGAGAGAAUUAGCAGUGAUGAAAAAUUCUCAAAUUCGGAUGACGAAGAACAAUCAACUGAAUCAAUCGAAGGUAGUAAUUAUAGCGAAGAAUCGAAAAACGCGACAAGUUUUUCCGAGGUGAAAUUUGAAAACGAACAGCGUGAUGAAGAGUUACCUAAUGGCGAAGACAGGCUAAGGAAGGAAGUAGUGAAGUCUCUGCUACGGAACCCAUCUCAAUCCUCAACUGAAACAUCGAAUGAAGAAAUCAUAUUUGAAGAUGAACACGAAGAACCUUUACUGCCAAGACCACACACGAGAUCUCGUCUUUCGUUGUCGAGAAUAAUUUGUUGCCAGAGACUGUGUAGCUGCUGUAGAUAUCUGACUCGAAGACCUAGAAGUUUCAAGAAAGAUGAUUUCGAUAAUUGGUUUCCCAUUGAGCCUAUGGAUACCGAUUGA